GAGCUGCUCCAUCGCACACAGGCAGCACCCGCCUUGAAUCUGUUUCUGCCCCCUUCCCGCCUGCUCACCACCACCAUGACCCCAGGCGUCCGGGCUCUUUUCUUCCUGACGUUACUUAUAGCGCUUGUAACAGAUCAAAACAGUGUCACCUCAUCUCAGGAUACCAACAGUUCCUCAACCUUGACUAUCACCCCAGGUCACGGUGGUGCCUCUGCCCCGGCCACCAACUCUACAGUGGACUCGGUCACCGCCCCAGCUCACGGUGGUGUCUCUGCCCCGGCCACCAGCUCUACAUUGGACUCGGUCACCGCCCCAGCUCACGGUGGUGUCUCUGCCCCGGCCACCAGCUCUACAUUGGACUCGGUCACCGCCCCAGCUCACGGUGGUGUCUCUGCCCCGGCCACCAGCUCUACAUUGGACUCGGUCACCACUCCAGGUCACGGUGGUGUCUCUGCCCCGGCCACCAGCUCUACAUUGGACUCGGUCACCACCCCAGCUCACGGUGGUGCCUCUGCCCCGGCCACCAACUCUACAGUGGACUCGGUCACCACCCCAGCUCACGGUGGUGUCUCUGCCCCGGCCACCAACUCUACAGUGGACUCGGUCACCACUCCAGGUCACGGUGGUGUCUCUGCCCCGGCCACCAACUCUACAGUGGACUCGGUCACCACCCCAGCUCACGGUGGUGUCUCUGCCCCGGCCACCAACUCUACAGUGGACUCGGUCACCACUCCAGGUCACGGUGGUGUCUCUGCCCCGGCCACCAACUCUACAGUGGACUCGGUCACCACUCCAGGUCACGGUGGUGUCUCUGUCCCGGCCACCAGCUCUACGGUGGACUUGGCCAGCACGCCAGUCCACAGUGGUACCUCUGCUCCAGCCACUAACUCUACAAUGGACUCAGCUACCACUCCAGUCCACACCGGUUCCUCCAUCCAAAUCACCAUGGCUAUAUCAGGCUCAGCCAACACUCCAAUCCACAAUGGCUCUUCGGUUCCAACUACCAGCCCUGCAUUGGUCUCAGCCACCAGUCCAGCCCACAGUAGUGCCUCAUCUAUGACUAAUAGCUCCGAAUCAGACUUGGCCACCACUCCAGUGUACGGUGGCACCUCAGUCUCUACUACCAAGGCUACUUUAGGCUCUACCAUCACCCCAGUCCACAAUGGCUCCUUGGUGCCAACUACCAGCUCAGCUACCACUCCAAUCCGAAAUAACAGUUCUACAAUGGCUGCUACAACUCCAGCUGGCAAUGGUACUCAAUCUCCAGCCCCAAGCCAGCACCCUGUUACUCCCACCACCCUUGCCAUCUCCGGCAACAGCACGGUCCCCCUUAGCACAGUCCUUUCCCCGGCCUUCUCCAGGAAUACUUCGCCCCAAGUGUCGCUUGAGGUGUCUUUCUUCUUCUUGUCGUUUCACAUUUGGAACCAGCAGUUUAAUUCUUCCCUGGAAGACCCCAGCUCCAACUACUACAAAGCACUGAAGUGGAACAUUUCUGAACUGUUUCUGCAGAUUUUUAACGAAGAUUUUCUGGGGAUCUCUACCAUCAAGUUCAGGUCAGGCUCGGUGGUGGUGGAGUCGACUCUGAUUUUCCGGGAGGGUGCUGCCAGUGCCUCUGAGGUGAAGUCGCGGCUUUCACAGCACGCAAAGGAGGCAGAAGACUAUAAUUUGGUUAUCUCCGAAGUCACUGUGGAUGAGAUGCAGUUCCCUUCCUCUGCCCAGUCCUGGCCUGGCGUGCCAGGCUGGGGCGUUGCCCUGCUGGUGCUGGUCUGUGUUUUGGUUGCUUUGGCCAUCAUCUAUCUCCUUGCACUGGCAGUGUGUCAGUGCCGCCGAAAGAACUAUGGGCAGCUGGACAUCUUUCCGACCCAGGACACCUACCACCCAAUGAGUGAAUAUCCCACCUACCACACUCAUGGGCGCUAUGUGCCCCCUGGCAGCACCAAACGUAGCUCCUAUGAGGAGGUUUCUGCAGGUAAUGGUGGUAGCAGCCUAUCGUACACCAACCCAGCAGUGGCAACCACUUCUGCCAACUUGUAGGGGACCUGUCACCACCUCGGGGCAGCGGUGGCAGUCUGCCCCCUCGGUUUCCAGUGCUAGACCCCUGCACUCUGAUCUGGGCUGCUGAGCUGGAGUUCUGGUAGGCUGCUCACAGCCUUGCUGAGACUGCCAAAUGUCUCAGCCAUCUGAGCCUGGUGAAGCCCAGCUCUGCCCUGGGGGAUGCCCUGAGGCAGGGGUGCAGUGGGGCCUCUCAGGACUGGCCUAGAAAGCCGGGAGAUGGGCAUGGGAAAGCAGACACAGUGAAUAAAAGGGGGCCCUCCUGUUAGUUAUGUCAACCGUG